AGCAGCCACAGCGCGACUGAGAGCCGUCAGGAGAAGCAGAAGAAGAAGAAGAAGCCGGAAGAAGAAAAGAAGAGUGGCUGCGGCGGCUGAAGAUGAUGAAGAAUAAGGCAGAUGAGGAAGAUUACUGGAACAGCUCCAAGUUUAAAGCUUUCACCUUUGAUGAUGAAGACGACGAGUUCAGCAGGCUGAAAGAGUCGAAGCAGGCGGUGAACAGCAUCCGCCGCCUGGUGGAGGAAGACGAUGAAGAAGACGACGUGGAGAAGGUCAGCUGGAGCGGAGAACCCGUCGGGAGCAUCUCCUGGUCGGUCAAAGAGACGGCAGCAUCCAAUCAGAGGACAGACAGAGAGCCCGCCUUCCCCAAAGUCAAUGCAGACACGCCGACCAUCAGCAAGAGUAACUCGGGAUACUCUCUGAGCUCUCUGUUCAAAGGAAAAACCAAAGGAGGGAACUUCCAGUCCUUCUCCGACUCGCUCAGCGAUUCUUCUGUCAGGCUCUACGCUCCAGAGCUCCGAAAGCCCAAAUCUGAAUACAAGGAUUAUGUCAGUGAUUGGUCACCUGAGGAGACAGUCCACAGAAUGCAGCAGGGAAAGGCUGUGUCUUUGGAGAAGUUUCGAUCUCUUCAGGACAAACUGCUGCUGCUCGAUUUCGCCGUCAGCGCACACGACGGAAACGUCAUCACGGCUGUGUUAAUUUACUUAAAGAGGACUCUGAGUAAAGAGGUUUUGUUUCGGGAGCUGGAGUCCAGGCAAACAGCUCUGAGACAUUUCAUCCACUACCUGACUGAGACCAGAGAGCAGAGGCUGCUGCUGGAGCUGCUCAGAGCUCUGGGCCGGACAGAGGACGUGGCGCUGCUGCAGUAUAAAGAACACCUGAGCAUUGCUGAUGAAAACAAGAGACGGGACUUCCUCAAGAGCUGCCUCAGUCUUCCGUUUUCUGCAGAAGAUUCAGCUCAUGUUCAGGAUCACUUCACUCUGCUGGAGAGGCAGAUCAUCAUCGAGGCAACCGACCAGCACGCCGAGCGCGGAGGGAAGGCGGAAAUCUUCCAGAAGUUUCCCAGAAGAGCCUCCAUUCUCAACAUGCCGCUGGUCACAACGCUGUACUAUUGCUGCUUCUACCACUACACUGAGUCUGAGGGAACCUACAGCAGCCCGUUGAACAUCCGUCAGACUUUUAAGAUCUCUGAGAAGCAGUACUUUGUGACGGCGCUGGCGGCUCGGGCGAAGCUGAAGGCGUGGUCGGACGUGGACGCUCUGUUCACCAGCAGGAAUUGGCUUGGCUUCACCAGGAAGAAAUCACCACUGAGCUUCCAACGAGUUGUCGACAUCCUACAGAAGAACUCUGCCCCCACACAGGUGCUGCAGGACUACGUGGCGUUGGUCGAUGAUGCAGAGCUGAGGAUCACUUUGGCUCAGAAACAUAAAUGUCACGACAUCGUCAUCAACACUUACCGGGACCUGAAAGACCGGCAGCUGCUGCUGGGAUACCGGGGGAAGGUGGAGCGAGGAUCGGUGGAGGAGAGGAAGAUCAAUGAGCUGCUCAACAACCCGCAAAUCCGGUGGAAGAACUGAGCUGUUUCAGUGAAAGACUUUUACUUUGAAACAAGGUGGCAGUUUCCUGUGCGAAGGGACGAUCCUCCAUCCUCGUGACAACAGGAACAUCCUGUCAGCACAUGCCUGCUUCACUCUCAUUGGCUGUAGGAGGAGCGCUUGGUUUGACUCUGCCCACAAAGCACACGGCGGGCGGAUCUUCAGUCAUCGCUUCAACAUCCGUCAGAUAACCUGUUUGUAUAAAAGUGAACAAAAAAGAAUAAAAACAUAAAAUGUGAAUUUAA